AAAAGGCAUGAGGUCAUGCUGUUGUGACCUGUGGUAGAUCUCCUUCUUCCAUGGUGGGAGUAACAGUCUGUAGCUGAAGGAGCUGUUUAAGGCCUCCACAGUCUGAUGCAGGAGGUGAGAGGAGUUGUUCAUGAUUGCUGCUGUGCAUAUUUGUCUCUCUGCCUUAUGAUUUGACGCUAUAUAAAUAAAGCUGAAUUAUGUUUUCGAAUGAAAUAUUGUUCUGUAAAUGUACUGAAACUGACAUAUGAAGUGCAUUAAAACAAUGUGUAACACUGCAGAGGGGCUGUUCUGCAGCGGGUUCAUGCAGAAAGAAGCUCACACAUGCUCCGGUGGAGGGCAGCAGCGAGGGGGUGCUGCGUGUUGUUGAUGCUGAGGAAGCUUCUCCUCCACUUCUGCAUCUGAGAGGAGGAGGAGAGACAGGCACCAACUUCCUGUGCGAUCUGUGCUCAGCUGAGUUCAGCCUGGCUGCCUCUCCGGGAGGCUUGUGGCUCUGCAGACCGGGGAGGAAGGACGCUUCUUGUGGGUGUUGUAUGGCUCUGAGGGACGCCUGGGACCUCCGUGCAACUGCAGUUAUAAGCCAUAAAUGUGGAUUGUUUACACCGGUGGGUCAAUCCGUUCCUGCUCCCCCGCCUUCCCGCGACCCCCGAGCGGCUGCCUCGGUUCAGCAGCGUCGCCGCAGAUAGCGUCAGUGGAGCGGGGCUGAUGGCCGCGGCGCUCGCCCCGGCCUUCAUCACCAUCAUCCGCCUGUGUGUUUGCUAGAGAGCUACGAGAAGCCGCGCUGCUACAUCUAGUCCCCUAAAGUCCCGCGGGAAGAGCGGAGAAAGGAGGAGGAGGAGGACAAGGAGGAGGAGGAGGAGGAGGAGGAGCGGCGGCGGCGGCGGCGGCGGUGUUCGGGCGCAGCAUCGCACCGUGCAUGGUGCUGCGGUGUCGGAGGGAGUGGAUGAGCAGCUGGAGCUGACCCAGAGAUGGCUGUUCUCAAACUGGCCGACCAGCCUCCUCUCAUCCAGGCGAUCUUCAGCGGAGACCCUGAAGAGAUCCGCAUGCUCAUAUACAAGUCUGAAGACAUCAAUGCCCUGGAUGCAGAGAAGCGCACCCCGCUGCAUGCAGCAGCCUUCCUGGGCGAUGCUGAGAUCACAGAGCUCCUCAUCCUCUCCGGGGCCCGGGUCAACGCCAAAGAUAACAUGUGGCUCACCCCUCUCCAUCGCGCUGUGGCAUCUCGGAGCGAGGAGGCGGUGAGAGUUCUGAUCCGUCACUCUGCCGACGUGAACGCGCGGGACAAGAACUGGCAAACACCGCUGCACGUUGCUGCGGCCAAUAACGCGCUGCGGUGUGCCGAGGUCAUCAUCCCCCUGCUGAGCAGCGUCAACGUGUCGGAUCGCGGCGGACGCACCGCCCUGCAUCACGCUGCCCUCAACGGCCACACUGAUAUGGUGAACCUCCUCCUCGCUAAAGGAGCCAACAUCAACGCCUUCGAUAAGAAGGACGGUCGAGCGCUGCACUGGGCGGCUUUCAUGGGCCAUUUGGACGUGGUGUGUCUGCUGGUGAGUCAGGGGGCGGAGAUCAGCUGUAAGGACAAACGGGGAUACACUCCCCUCCACACGGCGGCCUCCAGCGGACAGAUCGCCGUGGUCAAACACCUGCUCAACCUGUCUGUGGAGAUUGAUGAGUCCAACGCAUUUGGGAACACGGCGCUCCAUCUGGCCUGUUUUAACGGUCAGGACAACGUCGUCAGUGAGCUGAUCGAUUACGGUGCCAACGUCAGCCAGCCCAACAACAAGGGCUUCACCCCGCUGCACUUCGCCGCCGCCUCCACACACGGAGCUCUCUGUCUGGAGUUCCUGGUCAACAACGGGGCUGAUGUCAACGUGCAAAGUCGUGAUGGGAAGAGUCCUCUUCACAUGACGGCAGUUCAUGGACGCUUCACUCGCUCCCAGACCCUCAUUCAGAACGGUGGGGAGAUCGACAGCGUGGACAAGGAUGGAAACACCCCUCUGCAUAUUGCUGCCCGCUAUGGUCAUGAACUCCUCAUCAACACGCUCAUCACCAGUGGAGCAGACUGCACACGGCGAGGAGUUCAUGGCAUGUUCCCUCUCCACCUGGCUGCCUUGAAUGCUCACUCUGACUGCUGCAGGAAGCUGCUGUCAUCAGGCCGGAGGUUUAGCAUAAUGUGUAACGACUCGGUCCUGUCUGCAGGCUUCCAGAUAGACACUCCGGACAGUCUGGGGAGGACCUGCCUGCACGCUGCUGCUGCCGGAGGUAAUGUGGAAUGUGUCAAGCUGCUGCUGAGCAGCGGAGGAGACCACAACAGGAGGGAUAAGUGUGGCAGAACUCCCCUCCACUACGCGGCCGCCAGCCGCCACUAUCAGUGUCUGGAGACUCUGGUUGCUUGUGGAACCGCCAUCAACGCCACUGACCAGUGGGGGCGCUCUGCCCUGCACUAUGCAGCUGCUUCAGACCUGGACAGGAGGCGUCGUGUUGCUCUGGAGCCAGAGAGUGAAGGAGUUCAGGCAGAGAGGGAGAAAGAAGCAGCGCUAUGUUUAGAGUUCCUGCUUCAGAGCGGAGCGACGGCCUCUCUGAAAGACAAACAAGGUUACAGCCCCGUCCACUACGCUGCAGCCUACGGACACAGGCACUGUCUGGAACUGCUGCUUGACAGAGACGACAGUCACCAAGACGACCCUGAAUCUCCGAACGCCAGGAGCCCGCUGCACCUCGCUGCAUAUCAUGGCCAUGCUCAGGCCCUGGAAGUCCUGCUGCAAGGGGAGACAGAGGUGGACCAAGGGGACGAGGCGGGAAGGACCCCACUGGCCCUAGCUGCCCUCCGGGGCCACACUGACUGUGUUCACACCCUCCUCAGCCAGGGGGCAUCACCACGCACCACCGACACCCAGCACGGACGAACCCCGGUCCACCUGGCAGUGAUGAAUGGUCAUACGACGUGUGUGCGCCUCCUGCUGGACGAAUCAGACAGUGCAGACCUCGUAGAUGCUGCUGACUCUCAGGGACAGACUCCUCUGAUGCUGGCGGUGGCGGGGGGUCACGUUGACGCUGUGUCACUGCUGCUGGAGAGAGAAGCCAAUGUCAACGUGGCCAAUAAGCACGGCCUCACUGCCCUGCACCUCGGGCUGCUGUGUGGUCAGGAGGAGUGUAUCCAGUGUCUGUUGGAGCAGGAAGCCUCGAUCUUGCUGGGCGACUCGCGAGGUCGCACCUCCAUCCACCUGGCGGCGGCCAGAGGUCACGCCUCGUGGCUGAGCGAGCUGCUGAGCAUCGCCUGCUCCGAGCCGCCGUCACUGCCCCCGCUGAGAGACCACAGCGGGUACACGCCGCUGCACUGGGCCUGCUACUACGGUCAUGAGGGGUGUGUGGAGGUUCUGCUGGAGCAGAAAGGUUGUCGCUGUAUUGAUGGGAACCCAUUCACCCCUCUGCACUGUGCAGUGGUGAACGAUCACGAGCCUUGUGCAUCGCUGCUGCUGGAGGCCAUGGGAUCAGAUAUCACUGGCUGCAAGGAUGCUAAAGACAGGACUCCUCUUCAUGCUGCCGCGUUCUCGGGUCACGUCGACUGUGUCCAGCUACUGCUGUCCCACGAUGCACCUGUCGAUGCUGUGGACCAAUCAGGCCGCACAUCACUGAUGAUGGCAGCCGAGAAGGGCAGAGUCGGAGUCCUCGAGUUGCUGUUGACCAGCACCAACGCCAACCUUUGUCUGACUGACAAAGACGGCAACACUGCCCUGCAUCUAUCCUGCAGUAAUGGGAAGGAAGACUGUGUGUUGCUGAUCCUGGAGAAGCUGUCUGACACCGCGCUCAUAAAUGCCACAAAUGCAGCGCUGCAAACUCCUCUCCACCUGGCGGCUCGCAGUGGUCUGAAGCAGGCGGUGCAGGAGCUGCUGUCCCGAGGAGCUAACGUGCAGAAGGUGGAUGAGAACGGUCUGACCCCUGCUCUGGCUUGCGCUCCUAGCAGAGAGGUGGCUGACUGUCUGGCUCUCAUACUGGCUACCAUGAUGCCUUUCUGCUCCCCUUGCAGCUCCGGGGCUCCCUCCCCAGGCUCCCUGCUGAGGCAGCUGCCCCACCAGGGGGGUAAAGGCCCAGGCAUCGGCCCGCGGGGGCCACGCAGCCCCAGGAACCCCUCCGGACCCUCCAGCGAGGGAACCACCGAGAACGACUCGGAGGACUCGGAAACCUUCUGACCCCUCUAAAGCAACCCUCUACCCUCCUACCUCGAACUGUGCACCUCAACUUUUUACCCCACCCCCCAGGAAUGAUGCAGUGUUUGAAUCUGUAACGUGCACUCUUGAGGAAGAAGGGCAGAAGAAGGGAUGUUUGCAGUGGGGAUCUGGUACAGCCCGGCCCCCCUUUGACACCCGACUGGAGGCCCUGCAGCUCUUUUUUUAGUGUCCUUUACCAGAAUUGGUGAGCGGAGCAGCUGCACCGCCCCGGACUGACUACUGCAGCCGAAUCGGUCGCUUCAUGAAGCUGUGGCUCAACGGCUCUGGUCUGCAUGCUUGUGUUAACUUACACCACGGUUUGUUCUUUCUACUCACGGGUGCUUAAAUCCAAACCGACCUCGGUACUUUUAGUCUCUGCAUGGCAUAGCAGCUCGCCGCCGAGACUCGUUUUGUCUUAAAGAAAAAGAAGAAGCCAUUUUUAACUGUUUGUACAAAAUGAAGUAGACCAUUAAGAAAGCUAAGUGUCAUUUUAACCUUUUUAUGAGUUUUGCUUGUUGUUGUACCAAAUAUUUGACUUCCACGCGUAAAUAAUUAAUGAGAAGAGAAGAAGAGGUACGUAGAGCUCCUUUUCUGUUCAUCUGUUGACAACUGAAGCACAAAUUUGGAUCUUUGCUUUUUAGGUUUUGAUGAUUAACUGUGGCUGGAAUGUGAAGCAGCUUUCACAGCCUUCAAUAAGAUGUUUAAAUGUUCAACAGGAAAGACGAUGUGACUCACUGGGUACGCCUCAGUUCCCUUCAUUGGAUCCAUGUUUCCCUCGCUCAUGGGAGGAGAGAUUCAGGACAAAAGAUGGAGCGAGGAAAGACACUUGUAGAGAAAUUGAAAGAAAGAAAACACGUUUAUUCAGUUUGACACGUGCCACAGAUAGAACAACAAUCCAACCCCACAAUGAUUGAUGAGUAGAGAUCAUGAGAAGAAAAGUCUUUCUUAAAGAAGGCAAAUUAACAUAACGAGAAAGUUAAGAGAGAAAAAAACGACGAGGGAUUAUACAUGAGAUGUGUUAGUGUUGAAUCCUCAUGAAUCUGGGAUCAUGAUCCAAAAUGGAACCGGCUAUCAGAACCAUCCUGUCAUAGGACUUUUAUCACACCCAGGUUCUACCGUUUGUCCUGGUCACAAAGCUAGGUGACUUCCUGAAGGCUGUUCUCGUGUAUCCUUGGUAAGUUGGAGUGACUUCCGUGAUGAUACCUCGGGUUGAGCCGAGGACAGAGGAACUAAUCAAAUGAGAGAACUGGGACGUACCCACUGAUGAGCACAGGGUUUGUGCAGGUGUGAAUUCAGACUGAUGUUCUGACUUAAGGUUUAUGCAUUUGAUCCUCCGGCCUUAAAGGGCCUCCUGCACUGUUUACCCUCCAUGUUCAUCCCUGCCUGUAAGUCCAUGGUUACUCUCUGUAGACCAGGACAGCCAACGAGGCCAGGUGAGACCUCUUUCACACCUGGGUGGCUCCAAACGUCUCAUCGUGCAACUCUCCAAAUUUUCUGAAGUGACGAGAAGCUCUUUGGGUCUCCUCAGUUCAUUGUGGUAUUUAUUAUCUAUUACAUGAUGGUACAAAUACUGCCAGCACUUAAUGUAAAGUAACACAGGGCCAUGACCACUUUCCUCUCCUCCCCUUCCUCCCCCGUCUGUCUACCUACCAGCUAUGUGCCAUUGUCUCAAACGUGUCCAGUGCCUUGAUGUCCGUUCAGUUUUGUUCUAUUUUACAACAAAUCUUCUGUUGGUAGAUUCUAAUAUUCUAAUAAUUAAAGGAUCAGUUCAUCAAAAAUCAGAGAAUAAUUUUCUCUUGGUCGCUGAACCUGAGUGGUAUGAGGCUGUAUAGUUCUGUCAAGGUCCAAUGAAUCAGUCUGGACGCAGGAAACAAGAAAUUAUCAAAAGCUCCACAAGAGCAACUAAAUGGACCUCACAGUGACGGUGUUCUGUCAACCGCAGCCAUGGAACAACUUUGAGACUUUGACGAGAAGUCUAAAACUAAACGAGAGUUUAAAAAUCUCCAUGAUGGUUGGGAAAAAUCUGCUAAAGUAGCUCAUGUGUUGUGACUGAAAGCUCCAGAACAGCUACUAAAUGGACCUUAAAGUGAUAUUGUUAUUCAGGAUAAUCCACGGAGCUCUCUGUGAACACGUCUCUUGGAAGUAUUUGGGUUUAUGUAUGUAUUCGUGGACAGUUGAUUAGCCAAUCAGAAUAUUUUUAUUUAAAGGUCCAGUGUGUAGGAUUCAGUGCCAUCCAGUGGUGAGGUUACUGAUUGCAACCAACUGAGUACUGCCUGCCUUACUCCCCCCUUUCAGAAUACUAUAUUCAAAUUAGGAAGAGAUCUUCCUAAAUCUUAUACAUUGGACCUUUAAAUAAAAAUACUAAUAUUCACUGGUUUCCACUUUUCAAAUAUGAAUAUCUCUUGGUUUCUUUAAUCUUCUGUGAUUUUAAAACUAAAUGUUUUUAGACUUUUUUUGUUAAUUUAAUUAUUAAUGGUUUAAUAAUCAAGAGGUUCUUCUUGUUUUCUUUAAUGGUUCCGGUCUGUGGAGCAUGCAGAGGAAUCAGGACGUUGUUUUGACUUUUAAAUAAUAGUUCUGCUCUCUCCAGUGUGUGAACGCCAACCCGGACUAAUCUAAACUAUCUGCAUGAGCAGCUGCCACGAGAAACCAAAUGUUUUUCUGCAGUUUGGGUGAACUGAUCCUUUAAUAUGUCAAGCAUAUUGUGGAUGUUGCAUCGAAUGACAAAGUUUGAGAGGAUUUUGCUCUGCGUGAGGGACCCUUCUGGUUUUUAGUGAAAUGGUUUCUCGCUCCGUUUCCUCUGCUUAAAAGGCUGGUGAUAUUCUUAUUUUUACUGUCAACAAAUCACUUGAAAAGACCAAAACUUGCAGUUAGUCUGCCUCUCGUUGCUUCCCCAGCCAGUGAAGACACAGGUCUUUACAUUUGAUGGUUUUAUUUAUUAUAUGUUUUUAGAAAAACAGCUGUGUGAUGCAGUUUGUAGCAAAUGUUACUCAAACUGGAGUAAAUGGCAUUUGUUGGGACUAUUUUCAGCAGUGGAUUAAUCCACAUUUGGUGCUCUAGUGAGUGCAUGCACCACCAGUGUGUGUGAUCAAUCUAAAAUACAGUGUGACAACAAACUGAGCUCUGCAGCAGAGAGGAGUAUGUUCUACCAGGAUUUGUUGAUUUUGGUCUUUUCAUGUGGUUUGUGUUGUCUGAUGAAAACAUGACUCUCUCCAGACUGAUCUUUAAGUUGGCUGUGUGUGUGAGAGUGUGUUAGCUUAGGUACUGAUAUGAAAUUGAACUUUUCUAUAUAAUGUUGACGUAAACCUCCAUCACAGAGGACUUUGAGAGCGGGUUGACGUCUCCUUCCUAAACGGUUGAAUCAGAAACAAAGUGUUUUAUCUGAGCUGUCUUUUAAAAAAGGUGUGUGUGUGUGUGUGUGUGUGUGUGGGUGUGGGUGUUCAUGGAUCGAUUUGAAGUUGAACCCUGUUAGCUGCAGUUCGACUAAAAUGGAGACGACUCUGGUGUCUGAUAAGCACACGUUAACAACAAGCACAGUCUUUUUUUGUGUCCCUGAGCUGAAGGUCUGCUGAGAGACUGAAUGUGUCUGCCAGUAUUAUUCUUCUACCAGAAAAUGAUCUUCACCAGUCCUGACAAUCGCUAUAGUCAUGUGUCUGAUGAUUUUCAUACCAGUUCCUGAUGCAGUACGACAUGCUGAGGGCUGUUUGUCAGCUAUCCUUUGUUUUAUAUAAAUUGUACAAUUAAAAAAAAAAAAUCUGUUUGAAAAAA